AAACAACACAAACGCCAUCUUGACAGCUCCCUCAAAAUGGCAGAGAGAUGUGGGGCAGGAACCGAACCCGAACUAAGAGGAGUCCGUUUCUCCGGUUUUCAACUGGACGCGCUUUUUGUUCGGUAGUUGCGGUGUGAUGGGGUUGAAGUCUGGUUGGGCCGCAAACAGCCACUAAGAUGGAUAUAACGACGGCUGUUUUCAACGCCGCCAGAGACGGUAAACUGAAACUUAUCCAGAAGUUACUGAGCAACAAAAGUCCCGAGGAAUUGGAGGCUUUAGCCGAAGAGAAGACCCACGGGGGCACCCCGCUGCUGAUAGCCUCUCGGUAUGGACACAUAGAGGUUGUUGACUACCUCCUUGAACACUGUAAAGCUAACGUCGAGCUCGGAGGCUCCGUCAACUUUGACGGCGAAACCAUCGAGGGUGCGCCGCCGCUGUGGGCUGCGUCUGCCGCGGGUCACCUGCCGGUGGUGAAGACGCUGCUGAAACAUGGAGCCUCAGUGAACAACGCGACUCUUACUAACUCAACCCCGCUACGAGCUGCCUGCUUCGACGGCCACCUGGAGAUUGUCCGCUACCUGGUGGAGCACAGAGCCGACAUGGAGGUGGCCAACCGACAUGGACACACCUGCCUCAUGAUCUCCUGCUACAAAGGCCACAAGGAGAUCGCCAAGUUCCUUCUGGACCGUGGUGCGGAUGUCAACCGCAAGAGCGUGAAAGGAAACACCGCCCUGCAUGACUGUGCAGAGUCUGGCAGCCUGGACAUCAUGAAGAUGCUGCUGAAGUGUAACGCCCGCAUGGAAAGAGACGGAUACGGGAUGACACCUCUGCUUGCAGCCAGUGUCACAGGACACACUAAUAUUGUAGAGUACCUCGCACAUCAGCCCCGCACCUCCAGGGAAGAGCGGGUGGAUGCUCUUGAACUCCUUGGAGCUACUUUUGUGGACAAAAAGAGGGAUCUGCUGGGUGCGAUGAGGUAUUGGAGAAGGGCGAUGGAGUUGCGGCAGCCAUGCGACAAAGCUGGUUCCUUGACUAAGCCCCCACCUGGACCUCCCAUCCCUGCUUAUGGCUGUGCACAGGAGGUGAGCACAGCGGAGGAACUCGAAGCUUUAAUAACUGACCCUGAUGAAAUGAGGAUGCAGGCCUUGUUGGUUAGGGAGCGCAUUCUUGGACCUUCCCACCCAGACACCUCCUAUUACAUCCGCUACCGGGGAGCAGUCUAUGCAGACUCUGGCAAUUUUGAACGAUGUAUCAGCCUCUGGAAGUACGCGCUGGACAUGCAGCAGAGCAACCUGGAUCCUCUCAGCCCAAUGACGGCGUCCAGCUUCCUGUCUUUCGCAGAGCUCUUCUCCUUUGUCCUCCAGGACCGCGCCAAAGGCACCUUGUCGACACGCAUCAGCUUCCAGGAUCUGAUGACAGUGCUGGGGAAAAGUGUGAGAGAGGUGGAGCGGGCAGUGGCGCAGAGCACCAACCCACCAGAGGCACCCCAGUUCACCAAAGCCCUUUCCAUCAUCCUCCACCUCCUCUUCCUGCUGGAGAAGCUGGAAUGCACUCCGGAGCAGGAGCACCAGAAGAAGCACACUGUGUACCGUCUCCUGAAGUUGAAUCCACGCGGCAGGUGUGGCUACACUCCGCUUCACAUGGCCGUUGACAAAGAAACCACUUCCGUUGGUCGCUACCCGGUCGGCCGCUUCCCAUCUCAGGACGUGGCGUCGCUCCUUCUGGAGUGUGGAGCCGAUGUCGAUUCUCGUGACAACGACAACAACACUCCUUUGCACAUAGCCGCUUGUAACGGCUGUCCGGAAAUUAUGGCAGUUCUUAUGAAAGCAGGGGCUCAUUUCGAUGCCACAAAUGCACAAAGAAAGACAGCGUACGAAUUGUUGGACGAGCAGAACACAGGACAUCCAGCUCUUUACCCACUGAACUACGUCACCCUUCAGUGCCUCGCUGCACGUGCCAUUGAGAAGCACAGACUUCCCUACAGGGGACUCAUCUCUGAGGAGAUGGAGGCUUUUAUUGAGCUGCACUGACUGUGGUGGAGUUUCCUGCACUUCCAUUUGUCCCCUGCAAUAAUCGUUUGGUCCAGACGGAGAGCAUUUCUCACUCUGUUUGAAGUCUAUCAUGAGGUCAAGUUAAAAAAAAAAAAAAAAACGAAUUUACACCUCCGAAACAAUGGUGCUUUUGUUGGGAAUGUUUUGGGUCAAAAACAUGCCUGAGUUGAAUCGUGUGCAGUAGAUGUGAAUGAAAACGGGAUGUUUGUUGACUUGAAUUGAGGCAGUUCAACGCACAUAUUGUCUGAUGAUGUGUGGUUCAUGAGUGAUGGCAAACAGCAGUCGUGAGCAAAUACACUCCGACCGCCAAGCCAGUUUAAUAGCGACACUAUGUAGCUCGCAUUUGAAAUGUCAACAAAUCUUCAUGACGUUUUCUGAAGUUUCCCAAGUGUUUUUUUUUUAAGCUAAAGCUGAUUUCACUGAAUGAGGUCAUAUCUUUUAUUUCUUCUUGCGUGUAUUUAAAUCUAAGAUGUUCUUUGUAGCGGCGGAACACAAGGCUCACUCCUAUUAGUCUUAUUUUAAAUGCUGUGUUUUGUUCUAAGGAAGAGUGGUGGCCCUCCGAGGUUAAAUGCCAGUUAACUGAGAUUUUAAAUCCAAAUGCAGCUUCAAUUUUCAGGCUUUGAGUUCUCUCUUUUUCUCAAGGGGUUUGCGUAAAGGAUGAUGAAUCAGAAACUGAAGGGUGUUGGAGAUAUCUGAAUAAAAUUCAGUGUCGCAGCAAAGAAAAACUGUCUGUGUUUAUGUGAAGAAAAUGUGGUGUUUUUAUUCGUUUAUAUACGUCGUCCGUAGUCAACUUUCAUUUCAUUUCUUAAAAUGAGCUUCAGUGUCGUAAAAGUGGCACAUUUUAAUAGUCGUUCUCAUGCAGACUACACCAUCAAUCCAAAUGCACCUCUGACAAAGCUAUAUGGAAAUUCAGCAUGACAGAAACGUGAUCUUUUUUCAGAGUCAUGCCCAGCUCAAAUAUAAAUAGAGAGAAAUGAACGUCACUGCUGCUGGGCAGUGAUCGAGACGAGGAAGUAACCAUGCUAAUUUUAGGUGUCUUUUUCCCAGCAUCAACGCUGGAAAUGGGAAUGGUGUAACUUAACCCCGACAAGUCACGGGGUGACCCGCGGAGACGGCAUGCAGAAAACAAACAACUCAUUAUCCAGAGCGGAAACAAUGUGGGCUCAUGUUUUCACCGAAAUAUGGUGUCAUUUGCUGGUUUAUUGCAGUGAAAAUGUCUUUAUUUUUCUGCUUUAGAAAUUCACAUUGAUGUGGAGAGUCCAGUUUAAAAGGGAUUUUAAAAACAUAUUCAGAAAAGUAUUAUUGAAAAAAGUAUUUUAUUAUUUCAUUUACUUAUUUAUGUUGAUGACCAACAAAUUAUGAAUGGAUGAAUGAAAUACGUGACUAAAAAAAGCAUCAAUGCAAGGUUUUGGAUCAAACUGUUGGUUCGCUAUAACAGGCGACAACACAUCACCCCACAUUUAGCGUCACUCUAUUUGUCUGGUGUCCAUUCAAGGAUUGAUUCUAAGACUUUUAGAGCUUAGCUGGUCCUGUCAACAGCUAUGUAAAAAAAUGCUUUAAAUUUCUUCUUUUGAUUUUUACUCCUUGGAGCAGCACCUUUAACUCUGGCGCCUGAGGAGAUGUGAAUGUGAACAAAUGUGGUGGUGGAUUUGUAA